CUUCGCCUUGUCUCAUCAGCUGUACUACUUUGUUUUAAAACUUUUCCAAGAAUGAAGUUUUCAGUUUCAGUUUGAGCCUGGCGGCUGGUUAAGUCGGCAAAUCUAAUUCGGAUCCUUGAUUGUAGAUCUAAGUGUAUGCGCAUAGCAGCGCAUUUGUUGCCUUACUGUUUGGAGGAAGAUCCAGGUGUUAAUGAGAGAUUACUGAGCGAUUCCUGGACAAUGUCUGCCAAAGUAAACAAAGGCAAAACUUCGCUCAAUGUACUUCUGGUUGGUAAGACAGGCCACGGGAAAAGUGCCACCGGAAAUUCCAUCCUUCAAGAAAAGUUGUUCACGGCUAAGAGCAGUAUGACCUCCGUGACCAAAAGUGUUUCUCUAGGUUUCAGCGAGAAAGGGAACGAGAGGAUACUUGUGGCCGACACUGCAGGCUAUGCGGACACUGAGUCGGACAGAUCAGAGGGCAAGACGGAGAACGUACAGCUGGUCAUAGAUCAAGUUAGGCAAGCUCUGGUUAUGUUCCCGCCAGGAUACGACGCCAUUUUGUAUGUCACACGAUUCGACAUCCGGUACACGGCAGAGGAAAUGGAAACUUUCCAGAUUAUCAGGAAGGUUAUAGGCACCACGAGCUUUAAGCGCCGUGGGAUUUUAGUUUUCACUCACGGUGACGCGUUCGACCAGGAAGAAAUAGGAAUGUCUUUUAACGAUUGGUGCAGAGGCCAGACCGGCCACUUUAAAACAAUUCUGAACCAUUUCGGAAAACGUGUCGUCUUAAUGAACAACCGAGCUGACGCAGAGACCAAAGCGAGUCAAUUAAAUCAGCUGUUGACGGAGAUUUGUUAUGUGCAGCAGACGUCAAAAUAUAAUAGAUAUUCGAUGUCUAACUUCAUUGCGUCUGAAGAGGGAAGAAGCCAGAUUGUCGACUACUACAAGAAAGAUGACAUGGUGAGAUCAGUGGAGAAGAGAGUUACAGAAAUCAGUCAGCGGCUUAAGAAAUUGAACGGUUCGCCACUGCGAAAAAUACGGUCUGCACAAAGUAUUCAAAACUGCAUUGCAUCUGAAAUACAAAAUAUUGAAUCAGAAGAUAAAGGUACAGGUCUGUUUGAAAGUCAGCUCAAGAGGCUUGAUCUACUGAAACAAACCGCGGAGGAUGUUAAAAGCCGGGCUGUGAAAGAAGAUCUGGAGGAGAGACGACUCGAGGCCAUCAGACAAAGAAAAAUGGAACUUGAACAAGAAAGAGAGAUGCUGGAAGAAAGAAGGCGAUGGCAGGAGAGGGAAUUGGAAAGAGAGCUCGAAGAGAAGGCGAGGAAGAGAAGUGAAUAUGCCAGACAAAAACAAAAAGAGGAAGAAGUGUGGAAAGAUAUGGAGAACAUCGUGACAACUGGAGCUGUGGUCAUCUCAGUGGCUAAAGUGGCUUGGACUAUUUUCAGAGCGUUAAGAGGAUAGUGAAAACUGCAGCUAGUGCGUUAUUAAUGGCUUGCUUACAAGUAAAGCCAUGCUUACAAGUAAAGCCAUGCUUACAAGUAAAGCCAUGCUUACAAGUAAAGCCAAUGUCAACUAGAGCGUUCAAUAAGUCUACAGGAACAAGAAGAUUUAAAAAGAAGAGAAGAAGCUAAAUGAUUAAAAAAGAACUGUUAAUAUUAUGAAUCACAACUUUUAUUUGCAUGCUAAAAUUUAUGAAAAAAAAAAGUCUUAAUGUAUUUUUGUGCAUUAAUAUCAAUUGUUGCACCCUUACAGGCUAAAAAAACUUGCUAUAUCUGACAUUUUCUGUAUCUAGAUGUUAAUAAUUUGUAUCAAUGUUUUAUAAGACAUUAAAUUACAAAUAUUAACAUAA